AUGGGUGCACUGUGUAAUCUAAUACCAUCAGAUUACAAAGGGGCAGAACCGAUCUAUAUUUCUGGAGUGACGGGAGAAUCCCAAGAACUGUCUGUGUCAGAGACUGAGGAAGGAAACAUGCCAUUGGAAGACUUACUGGCAUUCUACGGCUAUGGACCUGCGAUUCCAGUUAUGGUUGGUUCCAGUGUGGAUAGCUCUCCAAGUGAACUUGCAGGUGAACUUCCAGAUAUGACUCUAGAUAAAGAGGAAAUAGCUAAAGAUCUCUUGUCAGGUGAUGAUGAAGAAACACAGUCCUCUGCUGAUGACUUGACACCAUCAGUUACUUCACAUGAGGCUACUGACUUCUUUCCUCGGCCAUUAAGAUCAAACACUAUGUGUGAUGGAGAUAAGGAAUCAGAUGGUGAAGACAUAGAGGCAGACAAUGGUAAUUCAUCUGAAGAUUUGAGAAAGGAAAUAAUGGUUGGUUCACAGUAUCAGGCUGAAAUUCCACCUUACCUUGGCAGAUACAGUGAUAAUGAAAAGG